GCAACGCGAGUGUUGCUGCUGAGUCGAUUCGAGUAUCAUCGUUGAUUGAUACAUACACACACACACACACACACACAUACACACAGACACACGCGCACGCACACACGCACGCACGUACACAGCACAUACACUGGGAGAAUAGAGACAUUCGUGAGUCGCAGCAGGGAAGCUCGCGACAACGGUAUUAUACGUUGCCACCCGUAGCCAGAUAAGAGGGCGAUACGUUUUGCCUUCUUCCAGUUCCGAUCUACGUUUAGUGUCAUCGUGUGUCCUACGACGGUUCUCUCUUUCUCCCUCUCUCUCGCUCUCUCGUAUCCCUUUUGCUGUCGUAUUCGCGAACACCUCUCGUACUCUUCCUUUGCCCCUUUCUCGUUGUCUCUUUUUACUCCCUUUCUUUCUUUCUCUUGUUUUAAACGCGGUGCACCACUGAAUACGAAAAGGACGACGAGAGAGUUGGUCGUCUUGCGAAGCGGCGAUCUCCGCUUACACGACAGAGGCGCACAUACUGCUGGGGAAGACAGACACGACCCGGCGUGUUCGAUUUUUUUCUGACGGAUACUAUUCUCGUUACAAAGUUGCUGCGCCUUUCCUGGAAAAAGAAGCCUUCUUGGAUAUACCAUACAUUAUAUAUCGUGGAAUUGGAAAAUCAAAAUUGGACAAACGUGUAUAGCGUAACGAGUUGGCUAGCCAGAAUUUGGAUCAAUGAUCUAAGGUCGUGCGGAGAAACUCGGAUCCUGCGCAGUAGACGGUAGGACAUAGCCCUACCGCUUUUCAGGGAAAGGGUCGUGCAAAUCCUGCGCAAUACCUAACGUUAAUGCUGCCCGUAUGAAAUCGCGUUGAGACAACACACGGCGAAUUUUUCAUAGAAUCUCUUCGAAAUUUUUUUGCUUCGCAAUGAGUACCACGGAUCCUACCGGAGAGGGCGGAGGGGGAGGGGAAACGACUACAAUAUCGCCGACAAACAUUGAACAAAAUGCAUCUCCAGUUACACCGGUGACCGGCAGUGCGAUGCCACCGGGCUCUCAACAACAGCAUCCACCACCAUCACCAUUAAGUGGUUGUUACCUUCUCGUUGUGCUUCCAGAGCCUCAUACCGAGCAACAUAAAGAUCUCAUCUUGAACCGUCUCGCAAAAGGUUUCCUCUCGUGGGACAAGGACAGCUGUCAUGUAGAUUUAGAAAAAGAAUUACUGGCAUUGGUAGCACAAGCUCCCGAAGGAGAAGAAGCUAGGAAUGGCGAACGAUUGAUCCAGUACGCUACCGAGAACCUUGUUACGGAAGUUCUUAUUCAUCCCCAAACGAACACGUUAUUACAGUGUAUCCGUAAUCUCCUCGCAAGUUUCACGAAACAUCGACAUAUUAUACACGCUGGCUAUACAUUUGGCGGAAAUGGUUCCUGGAUACUGCAAGAUGGAACCUUUAGCCUUGCCGAUUUUCUGGAUGCGUUCAGUGAACACGAAGUGCAAAGAGUUCUUCGCGCCUAUGAGAACAGCGUCACGGUCGACAUUCAUUGCGCGGGUGUUGGCGAUUGGACAACAAACAGACUGUCGAAAGAAGCUUGCACUAGAUCGUGCAGAGUCCGUGUAAAUCCCGAUGACGUUCUCACUGCUGGAUUAGCAGCCAUCACGAGCUUCACGAACUACGUUGGACAGUAUCUCGUGAGCCAGACGCUGGAUCAACUUAUGGAGCCGUCUGAUGUAGUAGGCAACAUUAGAUUUAGUCAUCCAACUUUGUACGUCUUCCCUGGCGGCCAAGGCGAUGCCGCACUAUUCGGCAUAAAUGGGUUUAACAUGUUGGUGGACGGUGGUUUCGCCAGAAAGGCCUGUUUUUGGGACUUUACCAGACAUUUGGAUCGGCUAGACGCGGUCCUAGUUACUAGAAUAAAUAACAGCAAUGUCGGUGGCAUGUCUAGUGUUCUUCGUAAAAAGAAGGAGAUGCACGUUUAUCCUCAAAUCGGGCACUUCUUCUGCAACCUAGUGGAGAGAAGACAAUCCAAUUCACCGGACGGGGACAAAGACAUCGAUCCUCUGAUCUUGAAUCUGAGCGACAUCGGGCAAGAGAUGGUCGUAAAUCUCCGUCACAUCAAUCUGCGGGCGCAUCCGUGUUACAGGGACCCGGAGCCGAUCAAUCUCUAUCACAAAGUGGGCCACGGCACGUUGGACAUGUACGCGCUGAGCCCGAACAAGGAUAAUCGGGAAGUCAGGGAGUUUCUAGCGAAGUGGCAUUCCUCCGAUUCGAAAUUAUUCGCCGGUGGUCACAAGAAAGACUCGAACAAUUUAACGUUUCCAAUUCAGAAUCUCGUGUCGAUUUGCGCGCUGUUGGUUUGGCAACCAGCUAACCCGGAGGAUACUAUUACGAGAAUCCUAUUCCCGGGAAGUACGCCGCAACAGAAGAUUUUCGAAGGUUUCGAACGACUGAAACAUUUGGAGUUCCUAAAGCAUCCAGUUUGUUCGACAAAGAGCCUUUCCACGUCCGUCUCGUUGGCUGGAACGUUGCGUGACAAACCAGCGAAACAGAAGAUGAGCCUGAUCGAGAAGGAGCCGUCAAAGAAGCUGAUGACGGAUGGGAAAAAGGAGAAGAAGGAAUUGGCGGAGAUGCGAACGGUGAAAGCCGGCGGCGAAGAAUCACCGCCAAAGACCGCGGAGAAACAACAGGGGACACCGAUUAUUCCUACGAAACCAUCGGCGGUUAGUAAAGCUGAGACUAAGCCGAGCAAGAAGGUGGUGGAAAACAAAAGGAUAGAAGUAGAGGGAAGGGAGAGCAAAAAAGUGCCGGAAAAGGAAUCGAAGGAGGCGAGGAAGGAGGCCGCGAGAAGAGGGACGGAGAAACAGCCACCGGUAGAGAAGCAGACGGAGGAGAAGCUGGAGAAACGCGAGGAUGAGGAAGAGGAAGAGGAGGAAGAGGAGGAGAAGGAGGAGGAGAAGGAGGACGGUGGUGUGGUCGCACAGAAAAAGCCGGAACUGAUGAAGCGAGAGGCUCCUGUAGUGAAGGAGUCGAAACCCAGAGGGGGAGAGGCAACGAGAAAGAAAGAAGCAAAAGCGAAAGGUGGAAAGAUGACGAUGGAGACAAAAGUGUCGUCCAAGUUUGUCGAGAAGAAAACGAAACAGUCGGCCACGGAGAAGAAGGAUGGCAGUGCUGGUGUGACGGUGAAAUCGUCACCGACCACACCGAAGAAAACUGUGAACGGUGUGGCGACGAAAACGGAGAUAUCGAAAACGAGUAGUGUGUCGAAGGGUGGAAAGCAGCAGCAGCAUAUCGGUCAGAGAAUGGCGGGUGCACCGCCGGCGAAAAGCACGAAAGACGCGAAUAACAGGAAGGUGGUGGAGCAAAAGAAGAUUGAGAAAUCGGCGAUAAAAGAGAGGAGUGGUGGUGCACCGAUCGGCACUACCACCACCACCGCCGCUGGUAUGGUUAAGGUGUCGGCGAAACCGAAACCAAUGGAGAGAAAACCGAUCAGUCGUCGGGGGAAGCCGGUUAGCCCGAGCAAAAUUCGAGUACCAGGGAGCCCGGCGAAAUCGACGCGUAGCACGCCAACCACUUCCGUUAAAUCCGACAAAGACGGUGUCGUCCGUAAAGUGACGAAGAGCGACAAAGGUACCGCAGACUCGUCCACGGUCUCCACACCGUCUGGAAUCGAAGCCGAGACUGGAGGAGUUAGACUGGUGGAAAAGAGUCUGAUGGAACAGUCGGAGGACAUUUCGUUAGAUUCGAUCGAGAGUAAAGUGCUCGCCGAUCUAAAGGAAGAACGAGAAGUGGUCGAGGAGAUCGAGGCGGUGCUUCAAAAAGCAGAACGCAUCGAAGAGACGAGGAAGGACGAUCGUUCCGAGGGAGACGACGAGAUCACGGCGGAACUGACCGAUAAGAAGGAGGAGGAUAUCACGGAAGAUGACAUAAUCGAGGCCGAUAUCGAGGAUUCGUCGUUGAAACUGGCGGACACAUAUAACAAAAAAGGCAUGCAGGAUUUGAUCCACCAAUAUUUGAUCUUCGACAAGGAACAAGAUUACACGGAAGACUCUACCCAGAGUGGUGAAGGUGAGCAAAAACACGUACUGGACGAGGCUGAGUCGGAGAAGGCAAAGAUGCUGAAGGACAUGGAGCUGGUGAAGGAGAAGGGUGCGGAGGAGGAGGUCGAGGAAAAGGAAAAGGACGAGAGCCUAGAGAAACGACGCGAGUCUGGUCCGAAAGCAGUUACGGAAACGUUGCUGAAAGCCGAACGGGAAAAGCUGGGGAAGAAGGAUGAGAAGGAGCCGAUCGAUUUGUCGCCGCAGGAUCGCAAAGAACAAUUAGAAGAAGAGGUGGAGAGGGUUGCGAAGAAAGAGGCGGUGGCAGCGAUCGCUUCUAAGGCGGCGCCAGUACCGGAGGAAAUGGUGCAACAGAGACUGGAAGAGAAGGAUGAUUCGGGCAAGAAGGAUAGCGAGGACAUCAAGGAACCGUCGAGUUUCAGCCCAGACAAAUUGGAUUCGUCCGAGAAGAAAACCACCGAUACCGACUUGAAACCAGAAGCCGACCAGAAAGAACAGAUUCCGGAAAAGUUGGAGGAAUCACAGGAGCGAAUUUCAACGUUGGAAUCUGGCGCUACGACCACGGCACCGACACUUCCGGAGGACGAGCGCAUACCGCUCGACGAGAUAAAAGAGGACAUUGACGAGAAGCACAUCGUCGAAAAGGUGAAGGAGAAAGAUGUGCGUCCAGCCAAAGAAGACGCGAAAGAGGAAGAGAAGGUAGUGGGUGCGGUUUCUCCGCGUGCCACCAUCGUAUUACCAUCGGUAGCUGCGGCUGCGAAACCCGAGGUACAGGUGUUCGACGUACGGCAAGCGGUACAGUGUCUGCAACGCGACAUCGUGAAAACCCCGGACGAGGUGGCCGAUCUGCCGGUACACGAAGAGGUUGAUCCUAAAUUGUACAGAAUGGAGGACUUUGAAAAGGAUAAAGAGGAGAAACCAUCACCGUUACCACCACCACCGCCACCACCGCCACCGACCGCGCAACAAGUCAAAGAGCCUCCUACACCACCAGUUAAGGAACAGAAAGGCGUUUUCAGCUUUUUCGGCAAGGUUGCCGACAAGUUUGAGAAAGGCAUCGAUAAGUUGACUAAAAAGUCGAAGAAGGAUCAAGAGAAGGAAACGCCCGAUGAGAAGUCUUCUUCGAAAUCUAGUUCGCCGAAGGAAGCGAAGGUAUACGGAGAGAAGACUGUUCCCUCUGAAGAGGUCGACAUGGAGAAAAUGUUCCCGAAAGUGAGUACUAAACAAGCCCCGAGCGAGAAAGCGAAAGAAGAGGCAGUGGUCGACGAAGUAACGGAGAAGAGAAUCGAGGCAGCAAUGCUGAUUGAGUCGAAAUCGCCUGUCGCCGACGCGACGAAGGAGAGUAAAGCUACGAUGCUGAAAGAUGAUGAGGCUGUUCGAUCGAUGGAGCAAAUCGAGAAGCAAAAGGAGGUGCUCGUCGAGCCUCGUAAAGAAGAGGAUUUCGCGGAAGGAGUCGAAGAAGAGGCAGAAGAGAUAAAGGCACUCCUUGAAGAAGCUUCGAAGAAGUUUAAGACUGUGAAGGAUAGCCUGAGGGAUUCGUUGGAGUCGUUGGAGGAGAAGAUAGGAGUUGACGAAACGGUCGAUUUACCACAUGAUGUGCCAUCACCGGUGAAGGACGUUGUGAAGGAUACGUUGGAAGGCGUAGUGGAAAAAUUGGAAGCGAUCAAGCCACAGAUCGAAAGCGUGGUGUCGCCUGACAGCAAAGAACCAGAGAAAGUGAAAUUCGACGUUCGACCGAGGGACGAGGAAGAAGUUGUUCAGGCAGUCGAGGAGGAGAAGGAAGAGCCGGAGGAAGCACCUGCGAGAGACGUUAAAGAGGCUGUUCGUGAUGUCGGCGAAGUUCUUGCGGGAACAGCUGGUAUCGAUAUCGAGGAAAAACCUAGAGACGUAACGGAGAUUGUGAGAAAAGUUGCUCAAGUCUUGAAGGAAGACGAUUUCAUUCCGGACAAAGCAUUCUUCGACCAACCAACAACGACGACCACCACCACCAUCACCAAAGAAAAAGAAGAAGUCGUGUCGCCGAUUGUUGCUAAAUCGCCAUUACUGGAAGAUGUUUCCGACGAAAUCUUGCCCGACAAACUAACCAAAACUGACGACGAGAAAAUUGCUGUCUCACCGAUACCAACGGCGAUGCAAGCUCACGAGGAGCCUUGCGUGAAAGUGGUUAAGGAAGCAGAGGCGAUCACGUCACCAAGUGAUAAAGCGGCAACGUACGAACCACAGGAUAAGCGCGAUACCAAAGAAAUUUGCGAGGAAAUACUUAAGAAAACGGUGGAAGAAGAUUCGCGUGCCGUUUCUGAUAUCGUUAAACCGUGUAUAACACCCCCCAAAAUGGAUGUGAUGGAGGCAGGAAUGGAAGACGUUUGCGUGAGGGAAACGGUGAAAACAGAGGAUGAACAAGUUGCAGAAGAAAUAGAAGAGGAGAAAGAACCGGUGAUAGGCUUCGAUCGAAAGAUCUCACCCGCGGAAGCGGAAAUUGUAACGGUCUCGCCCGGUUCAACGCCGACCUCGCCGAAAUUUUUCACGGACAAAAUGCCCCAGGGCAAAUUAGAGUUGAGCAAAGAAGUGGCUGCUGCGGUUUCGGAUCACCAGUUGCCAACCGAGAUAAAGGCUAUUGUUAACAGAGUGGAUUGGAUGCUGGAAGAAAUUAUCGUUGAACUCGUUUCGGCGAAAAAGAGAAUUACAAUCGAGAUCAUAGAAUAUAUUACAAUGGUUAAACGCGUCCCGAGGGAACGUGUGAUAUAUAUUAUCGAGGAGAUUAUCGUAAAGAAAAAACUUUCUAGGGAGGACGUUGUCGACAACGUUGAUAUCUUCAAACUCGACGAUUCGAUUACGCCUGAAUUGAAAACAGAGCUCGAGGAGUACAUUAUCGAGGAAUACGUGAGAAAAGGAAAAUGCAUUACCAUUCAAAUAGUCGAGGAAAUCUCCAUGAAGAUGGUUAUUCCGAGAACGAUCGUGAUUCGCAUUAUUCAGGAGAUUAUUGCUAAAAAGUUGAUCGACGUUCGUACGGAUGGACUGUUUGAUACUGCCGUGAAAGAUGUGCGAACAGCCGAAAAACCAGAGGAAAGAGAAGAAGAGGAGAAACUGGAAAUAGAGGUGAAGGAGAUGAAAGAGGUAUCACCUAUCGAUGAUGCGACUGUAUCUGUACUAGUCAAGCUGGAGAAAGAAUCGGGUGUAGAAACGAAGGAGAAAGAGACUGUGGAAGUAGCACCUUCUUUGUUGUCCAAGGAGAAUCAAGGGGUAGAGGAGGAGGAGGAAGAUGUAGAUGAAGAUGGUUUCGUUAGUAUCGGUAGAAGAAUUUCAAAAGAAGUGAUACAAGUUGAGGAAGGCAAAGCCAUGGUAGCAGAAGGAGCAGUUUCAGUUAAGCCAGAACAUGUGAAAGAAGCUGCUAUUCAGAAGAGACACGAAAAAGAUAUCACCGACGACUUCGAGGCUGUUGAACAGGAAUAUAAGGUGCGCGAUGUAAUCCUCGAAGAUGUCAAGUCACGCCUGACUUCGUCAAAGAGCGACGCCGCCGAGACAAAGGAACGAGAAUAUGAAGUGGAAGAAGCUAUCGAAGACACGACGGUGAGCGAUGUUGUUGAAGCCGAUGAAAAGUUUGUGCACGAAACGAAAGAUAAAGCAGAAAAAAUGAAAGAGUCGACCAUUGUGGAAAAGGAGAAAGGAAAAAUAGAAAUAGAGCAGAAGGAAUCGAAGGAUUCUGACAUAACGUCAGAGACAACCGAAGCCUCAGAAACUCUCGAUACCGUGGAGAAAUAUCUAGACGAAGCCAAGGAGAAAAAGGAAGAGAAAAAAGUGGUCGAAGAAAAACCGGCGGGAGAUGUAAUUAAACCUUUAACUGAGAAAGAGAAAGAAACAACAAAAUUCGACAAAGUGUCAUUCGUUGACAAACAACCAGAUGAACAGCAGCCCGAUGAUAAACAGAAAUCGAUGGAGAAAGAUAGGAGAGAGUUGAAAAGACCAGAGAAGGAAGAGGAGGAGGACAAAGAGAAGAAAGUAGAACCACCGACUAAGGAAACGAUAAAGGCAAUCAAGGAGCCUCCUCUAACCAAAGAGGCUGAACUAGUUGAACAGGUUGAACGCGUUGAAACUACAGCGACUCCAUUGGACAAACAGAGGCAAGAAGGAGAAAAAGAAAUAGUGACGAAGGAAGCUGCUCCGAUGAAACCGGAAGCGGCGAAAAGAAGCGAGGGUGUUCCUGAGAAGGGAAGUAGUCCUGAGGAAGAAUCUGCUAAGAUUGCGUCCUUGGUUAAAGAAGAGAAACGCGUCGAAGAGAUGUCACCGUCUGAAACACGAGUAGAGAUCGAACAAGAUGCAGGAUCUGUUAGACGAAUGCUGGUCACCGCGAGUAGCGAAGACGGUGGGCAUGAAACGGAAAUUUGCGCAGCGGGUACAAUCGCGUUCGUAAAAACCGUCACACCCGAUGAUGAUUCUCUGAAAGAUGCGUCCGUAAAGUCAACGUCCGAUAAAGAUUCUUUGUUGUUGGACAAAGAUUCUCUGCACUCUGGAAUAAGUAGUCCGGAAAAGGAUAGCAUUUCCGAAAAAUUGGCGAAAGACGUUGGAAAAGUAACGUCCGAAGAUAGCCUGGACAAAUCGCCAAUCGACGCUCACGACUCGCACGAUCUCCAAGAUAGUUUAGAGAAAGUAGAAAUUGAUAAAUCGAAAGAAGCAGACAGUAGCACUUCUCCCUCUAUUAUCGACGCAGAAACUCCAAAGUCUCCACAGCAACAGGAGCAACCACAACCACAACCACAAGAACCGCAAGCACAACUAGAGUUAAAGGCCGUUGAGAAAGAAUUACAGUUUGAAGGCACUGCACCAAUCACCGACAAAAUUCGGUCCAUCGAAUCACCCGCCGACACGGCGGUAGCUGUGGCCAAGAUAUUGGAUGUUGGUGUUAGUGGAAAGGAAGAAAAAACAGAGAUAGAAGUAUCGAAAUCAGCAGUAGAAUCGGCUCGAUCGGAGGACAUUUUACCAGUAGAGACUAUUUUUGCGAAGUCGCCUAUUUAUAAAUCAGAGGAGGAAUCGAUGGUGAAAAUUUCAGUUGAUGUAAAAGAUAUAGAAUCGAUAAAGUCGACAACGUCACCAUCGAUCUUAAAGACGACCAUGUCUAUUGCAAAAUCUGAAAUAACCGAAACACCGAAAACUUUCGACAAAAAAAUAGCGACAGAGUCGAGUCGAAUCGAAGAAACUACACAGGACGUAGAAAAAGUUCACGACGAGUCUACCAUUGGUGAAAAAGAAGAUGAGAAAGAAAUUGACAGCGUACCGUGUCAAGAAAUAUCCAAAGAAAAACAGAUCCCGAAAGCCACUAUCGAUGUUGACAAGGAGGACGACGGUGGAAAGUCAGAAAAGAAAGAUACGGAUGGAAAGUUACCGUCUCUGAGUCUUAUUGGUAGCGAUAAAGCUAGUGAUUUGCAGCAAGUAAUCGAGGAUACAAAAAUGGAAGAGAAGAAACUUGGCGACUCGGAUCAAUCAAAGUUACCGAUUACUACACCUGAGGAUAAGUCUGAGUCAGUGACUAUAGACGUGAAAGUGACAAGUGAUGCUUUGGAAUUAGCAUCAAAGACGCCAAGUAUCGAAGAUGAUGAGCAGCAACUGGUGGACAGGUCUCUAUCUGCUAGCGUUGCGAGUGCUGUCAGUCAACAUGAAGAGGAGGUAAUAAGCGAUAAAGUGCUGGUAACAACCACCACGACUACUACGGUAGAUGGAACUUUCGAAAAAUUGGACGAAAAGAAACCACACGAAUCGAUAGUUGCCAGCAUUUCUGUCGAUCAGAGGAAAGAGACGGCUGUGCAACAUUUACCUACGGAGAAGCCAAAGUCUCCUCUUAUCGAGGAACGAAUUCCAGAAGCUGACAUCAUCCAUGAAUCCUCUUCCGGUGUAAUUAGCUACGUGACGGAAAAAGAAAGGGAAGUCGGGGAACAGGAGGACGUCACAAAACAACUUGGGGAAAAAAUAAAAGAGGACAAGGAGUCGAGAACGUCAGAUGAGUCAAAGUCGCGUAUUACUCCAAGAAGCAGCAUUUCCGAAACUGUUACUGCAAUAUUAGAGGGAAAAAAAGAUGUCGAAGAAAGUUUGGUGGACGAAACGUCGAAAAGUCGUCUGAGCAUAUCUAGCGUGCAGACUGAAUCUGAAGAAUUGACAAAACGGGACUUUAAAGAAGAUGAUGGAAAACUGAGCGAACCGGUAGAACACACGAAAGAGCCAUCACCAAAAUCACCAAGUGAAGUGCCUUAUUUGAAGGAUGUUCACGGAGUGCAAAUCGACGAGUCUAAAUCUUCUAGUGUAUUAAGUAUUUCUGGCGAAUCAAAAGAUGCCGAAGACCACCGUUCAGCAGAGAUGAAAGAUACAGAGCCACGAAUAUCUGAAGAACCAAUGUCGCCAGAUGAUGGAACUGUGGUGCUUGGAGAAAAGAAGGAAACAGUGGACCAUUCAAAGUCUCCUAGUAUUACCGAAGAAGUGGCUGAUAUGAAAGACGUCGAAGCAAAAGUAAUCGAAAAGGUUGAAUCGCCGGGCGCGAUCGCAAUUGUUACCGAUGACGAGAUGAAAGAAGCAGCAGCGGAUCGUUCAAAAUCACCGAGCGUUGUUAGCGAACUGGAAGUUCCGAGAGAUAGCGACAAAACGAGAUCAGCCAGUGUAACGAGUAUUCACGCGGAAACAGCGAAAGAAACAGCACUUACACCAACGUCAACGAGCGUUGAAGCAGAUGAAGCAGCCGAUCUCAAAGAGGUUGAUAGAACAACGAUAAUUGACAAGUUCAGAUCUUCCAGUAUAACCGGUACUCCAGCGGAGAAAUCAAAAUCGCCAAGCAUUGCUGGUGACGUUGCUGAUUUGACGGAUAUUGAUGCAAAUGCAACCGACAAGACUAGAUCACCUAGUAUUGCAGCUGCCAUGCCUGCUGAUAAAUCAAAAUCACCAAGCAUCGCUGGCGAUAUACCUGAAUUGACGGAUGUUGAGGAAAAACCCAUUGACACGUCACGGUCACCCAGUGUCACAAGUGUUUCAACAGAGCAGCAGCCGAUGAAAGAAACAUCGCCUAGCAUUGCUGGUGACAUUGUUGAUAUGAAAGAUAUCGAUAUAAAAGAAAUGGAUAAGCCACGGUCACCAUCAAGUGUAACCAGUUUUGUAGCAGAGCUGGAAGAGGCAACAAUCGACAAAUCAAAAUCUCCUAGUAUUGCUGGCGACGUUAUUCCCGAUUUAAAAGAUGCCGCUGCCGAUACGAAGGUAACUGACAAGUCCAGAUCACCCAGCGCAACAGACGUUUCAACGGAAUCGAAGGAAGUAACGGACAAAUCAAAGUCGCCGAGUAUUUCAGGCGAUGCUGCUGAUUUCAAGGAUGUUGAUACGAAAGCAAUCGAGAAAUCCCGAUCACCGAGUGUAACAGCUGUCCCAUCAGAAGCGAAAGAGCCGCAAGACAAAUCAAAGUCUCCCAGCGUUGCUGGUGACAUUCCCGAUUUGAAGGAUGUCGCUGCCGAGACGAAAGUAAGUGACAAGUCCAGAUCACCCAGCGCAACAGACGUUUCAACGGAAUCAAAGGAAGUAACGGACAAAUCAAAGUCGCCCAGCAUUUCAGGCGACGCUGCUGAUUUCAAGGAUGUUGAUACGAAAGCAAUCGAGAAAUCCCGAUCACCGAGUGUAACAGCUGUCCCGUCAGAAGCGGAAAAAGCGCAAGACAAAUCAAAGUCGCCGAGCAUUGCAGGCGACGCUCCUGAUUUCAAGGAUGUUGAUACGGAAGCAAUCGAGAAAUCCCGAUCACCGAGUGUAACAGCUGUCCCGUCAGAAGCGGAAAAAGCGCAAGACAAAUCAAAGUCGCCGAGCAUUGCAGGCGACGCUCCUGAUUUCAAGGAUGUUGAUACGGAAGCAAUCGAGAAAUCCCGAUCACCGAGUGUAACAGCUGUCCCGUCAGAAGCGGAAAAAGCGCAAGACAAAUCAAAGUCGCCGAGCAUUGCAGGCGACGCUCCUGAUUUCAAGGAUGUUGAUACGGAAGCAAUCGAGAAAUCCCGAUCACCGAGUGUAACAGCUGUCCCGUCAGAAGCGGAAAAAGCGCAAGACAAAUCAAAGUCGCCGAGCAUUGCAGGCGACGCUCCUGAUUUCAAGGAUGUUGAUACGAAAGCAAUCGAGAAAUCCCGAUCACCGAGUGUAACAGCUGUCCCAUCACAAGCGAAAGAGCCGCAAGACAAACCAAAGUCUCCCAGCGUUGCUGGUGAUAUUCCCGAUUUGAAAGAUGUCGUUGCUGAUACGAAGGUAAUAGACAAGUCCAGAUCACCUAGCGCAACAGACGUUUCAACGGAAUCGAAGGAAGUAACGGACAAAUCAAAGUCGCCAAGCAUUUCAGGCGACGCUGCUGAUUUCAAGGAUGUUGAUACGAAAGCAAUCGAGAAAUCCCGAUCACCGAGUGUAACAGCUGUCCCGUCAGAAGCGGAAAAAGCGCAAGACAAAUCAAAAUCUCCCAGUAUUGCUGGUGAUAUUCCCGAUUUGAAGGAUGUCGCUGCCGAGACGAAGGUAACUGACAAAUCCAGAUCACCUAGCGCAACAGACGUUUCAACGGAAUCGAAGGAAGUAACAGAGAAAUCAAAGUCGCCGAGCAUUUCAGGCGACGCUGCUGAUUUCAAGGAUGUUGAUACGAAAGCAAUCGAGAAAUCCCGAUCACCGAGUGUAACAGCUGUCCCGUCAGAAGCGGAAAAACCGCAAGACAAAUCAAAGUCUCCCAGCAUUGCUGGUGAUAUUCCCGAUUUGAAGGAUGUCGCUGCCGAGACGAAGGUAACUGACAAGUCCAGAUCACCUAGCGCAACUGACGUUUCAACGGAAUCGAAGGAAGUAAUGGACAAAUCCAAGUCGCCGAGCAUUUCAGGCGACGCUGCUGAUUUCAAGGAUGUUGAUACGAAAGCAAUCGAGAAAUCCCGAUCACCGAGUGUAACAGCUGUCCCGUCAGAAGCGGAAAAAGCGCAAGACAAGUCAAAAUCUCCCAGUAUUGCUGGUGAUAUUCCCGAUUUGAAGGAUGUCGCUGCCGAUACGAAGGUAACUGACAAAUCCAGAUCACCUAGCGCAACAGACGUUUCAACGGAAUCGAAGGAAGUAACGGACAAAUCAAAGUCGCCAAGCAUUUCAGGCGACGCUGCUGAUUUCAAGGAUGUUGAUAUGAAAGCAAUCGAGAAAUCCCGAUCACCGAGUAUAGCAGCUGUCCCGACAGAAGCGAAAGGACCGCAAGACAAAUCAAAGUCUCCCAGCGUUGCUGGUGACAUUCCCGAUUUGAAGGAUGUCGCUGCCGAGACGAAGGUAACUGACAAGUCCAGAUCACCUAGCGCAACAGACGUUUCAACGGAAUCGAAGGAUGUAACGGACAAAACAAAGUCGCCGAGCAUUGCAGGCGACGCUCCUGAUUUCAAGGAUGUUGAUACGAAAGCAAUCGAGAAAUCCCGAUCACCGAGUGUAACAGCUGUCCCGUCAGAAGCGGAAAAACCGCAAGACAAAUCAAAGUCUCCCAGCAUUGCUGGUGAUAUUCCCGAUUUGAAAGAUGUCGUUGCUGAUACGAAGGUAAUAGACAAGUCCAGAUCACCUAGCGCAACUGACGUUUCAACGGAAUCGAAGGAAGUAACGGACAAAUCAAAGUCGCCAAGCAUUUCAGGCGACGCUGCUGAUUUCAAGGAUGUUGAUACGAAAGCAAUCGAGAAAUCCCGAUCACCGAGUGUAACAGCUGUCCCGUCAGAAGCGAAAGAACCGCAGGACAAAUCAAAAUCUCCCAGCGUUGCUGGUGACAUUCCCGAUUUGAAGGAUGUAGAUAUAAAAGUACCAGAAGAAUCUAGACCUAGUCCCAGUGUAACGGAUGCAUCAGAGAAAGCAACAGAGGAAGCAGCUGAGAAAUCUAAGACGACCAGUAUCGUUGCAGACGUUGCUGGGGAUACGAAAGACGAUGACGAAAAAAGAAUGGGCAAAUCUCGGUCGGCCAGCGUAAUUAGUGUUUCAGCAGAAUUAAAAGAUACCAUGGAUAAGUCUAAGUCACCUAGCAUUGCUAGUGACAUACCUGAUAUGAAAGAUGCCGAAACAAAGGCAGACGAGAAGUCUAGAUCACAUAGUGUCACAGAUGUUCCUCUAGAACCAAAGGAUGUAUCGUGGGACAAGUCUAAGACCCCGAGCAUCGCUGAUGAUAUAACCGAUUUGAAAGAUAUUGAUGAAAAGAGUAUUGAGAAAUCUAGAUCAGCCAGCACGACGUAUGUUGCAGCAGAACAGAAGACAACAGCAAUGGAUAAAUCCAAGUCUCCGAGUAUUGCUGGUGAUGUUCCUGGAUUGAUGGACGUUGUCGAUGGAGAAACAUUUGACAAGUCUCGGUCGCCUAGUGUCACGAGCGUUUCAACAGAGCAUCAGCUGAUUCAGGAAGUAACGGAUAAAUCAAAGUCGCCCAGCAUUGUUGGAGACGAAAUGCCAACAGGUUUGAAAGACGGUGAUGUGAAAGUAAUGGAGAAAUCUAAAUUAUCUAGUGUUAUAACGGAUACAGUACCCUCGAAAUCGAAGGACGUUACCGAUGAGUCAAAGUCGCCCAGCAUUGCUGGCGAUAUCGCUGACUUAAAAGAUGUCAAUGCUAAAAUAAUUGACGAGCCGCGUUCGCCUAGUGUCAUUAGCGUUACAACGGAGCCGAAAGCCAUGACGGACACGUCAAGCUCACCUAGCAUUGCUAGUGAUAUUCCCGACGUGAAAGACGUUGACAGCAAAGUAAUCGAAAAAUCCAGAUCACCUAGUAUAGCAGAGGUUACUGCAGCUGAUAAAUCGAAAACACCCAGCGUUGUUAGCGAUUCACCCGACCUGAGGGAUGUCGAUACGAAAACAAUUGACAAAUCCAGAUCACCCUGUGUAAUGGCGGAUGUUGCAGUAGAGCCGAUGCUCACAACGGACAAGUCGAAGUCACCUAGCAUCGCUGGUGACGUCGUUGAUUUCACGACAGAGACUGACACGAACGUCGAUGACAAGACUAGAUCGCCUAGUUUGACAGACGUUUCUACCAAAACAGAGUCGGACAAGUCAAAAUCGCCAAGCAUCGCAAGUGAUAUCCCAAACUUGAAGGAUAUUGAUAUAAAGACAGUGGAGAAAUCCGAAUUAGCCAGUACAACGGAUAAGUCGAAGUCACCUAGUAUUGCUGGAGAUCUAGCAGAUGUAAAAGAUGUUGACGAAAAGCAGAUUGAUAAGUCUCAUUCGGCCAGUGUGACGAGCAUGGCAGCAUCAGAACGGAGAGAAGCAGAGUUGGACGAGCCAAAGUCGCUAAGCAUUGCGGGUGACAUGCCAGAGUUGAGGGGUAUUGAUACAAAGACGGUGGAGAAAUCUAGAUCACCCAGUGUGACGGAUAAAUCGAAAUCACCUAGCAUUGCUGGUGAUGUGACGGACGCGAUAGAUGGAACAGUAAUCGACGGAUCUCGAUCUCCUAGUGUUCCGAGCGACAAGUCAAAGUCUCUCAGCAUUUCCGGCGAUAUUGCCGAUUUAAAGGAUGUUGCUGCCGAUACGGUACUUACAUCUAGUGUAACAAAAGCUUUCAUGGAACACAAGGAAGCGGUUGAUAAAUCAAAGUCACCCAGUAUCGCUGGUGACAUUCUUGAAAUGCAAGAUGUUGAUGCGAAAGCGGUUGACAAGUCUCGGUCGACCAGUGUCACGAGUGUUUCAGCAGAAUCAGAAGACACCGUGGACAAGUCAAAGUCACCUAGCAUUGCUGGUGACAUGCUUGAUAAGAAGGAUGCCGAAACGAAGGCAAUCAAAAUAAUGCCUAAGUCGCCAAGUGUAACAGACGUUCUUUUAGAACCAACGGAUAAAUCCAAGUCACCUAGUAUUGCUAGUGACGACGUUACCGAUUUAAAGGACAUCGAUAAGAAAGCGAGUGACAAGUCUAGAUCGCCUAGUGUAACAGACGUUCCUGUAGGACCAAAGGAUAAGUCCAAAUCACAUAGCAUUGUAGGUGAUAUGAUGGCUGGCGUGAAACAUGUAGAUGCAAAAGUAACCGAUGAGUCGUCUCGAUCAGCUGCUAGUGUCACAAGCGUUGCGGCAGAGCCGAAGGAAGCAGCAUCAAAGAAAUCAGGAUCACCCAGUAUUUCUGCUGGUGACAUUGCUGAUAUGAAGGAUGUAGAUUCAAAGAAAAUGGACAGGUCUAACGUAACAGGUACCCCAGAAUCAAAAGAAGCGAGCGAUAAAUCAAAGUCGCCUAGCAUUGCUGGAGAUCUGGCAGAUAUAAGAGACGUUGAUGCAAAGGCAAUCGGCGUGUCUGGUUUAACCAUCAGUGUCACGAACAUUGCCGUAGAGUCGGCAGAAGCGGGAUUGGAUAAGUCAAAGUCGGGCAGCGUUGUUAGUGAUAUUCCUGAUUUAAAGGAUGUUGAUACGAUAGAAAUGGACAAAUCCAGAUCAUCACCUAGCGAAGUAACAGAUGCUUCCGUGGAAUCGAAGAGAUCACCCAGGGAUAAGUCAAAAUCGCCGAGCAUUAGUGACGACAUGCUCGAUUUGAAGGGCAUCGACACGAAGGCAAUUGAUGAGCAUAAGCCCACUGAAAUUGACCUAACCAAAAAGACUACGGACAUUACAACGGACCGGCUGAAAUCACCAACAGUUACCGCUGACACUCAGGAUGCAUGGGCGGAUUCCGAAAUUGACGACAACAAAAAUAGAUCCCGAUCUCAUAGUUUGUACGAGACCGAUGUAAAGACUCCUUUGACUAGGUCUAGAGCUACGAGUGUAUACGGAGAAACAGAGAAACGUGCAACUGAGCAGACAGAUAGUACAGAUAAAGAAGAAUCGUUCGUUGCUAGUAAAACUGAUCUACAGCAGCAGCAGGAGCGAAAGGAGGAGGAUGUGAGGCAAGUGUCGGCCGAGAAGGUGGCAGAUAUCAGAAAGUAUAUUUUGGAAGAGUAUAUAAAUAAGAAGAAAAAAAUCACGAUGACGGUAAUAGAAGAGAUAAUUAGGAUUUAUUCGGUUUCGGAGUUGACAGUAAUGAGUAUUAUAGGGGCGAUUAUUGCAAGGGAGAAGAAAGAUAGAGAUUCGGUUUUAGACGUGUCCGUGGAAAAGAUAGAAAGACCCGAAGAAGACGGACAGGUAACUGCAUCGACACAACAACGGCAGAGAGAUGGUGGGAAAGAUACGAGCGAAGGUUCAAUAAGUUCCAGCUUAAGUUCCGAACUGAUUGCUUCCGAUAAGUCCACUCAGGACAGUCCCGUGCGUUCUGAACCGCAUAUCGACGAAGAAAUAUCAAUUUCGGAAGAGAAGCGGAUCGAAAUGGAGAAGCUUCUGGAAGAGGAUUAUAUUAGGAAAGGAAGGAAGAUUACCGAGGAAAUUUUGGAGGAGAUCAUUGCUAGAUCCUCCUUGCCCCGGUACAUUAUACUGGAGAUAAUCGAAGAGGUGAUUGUGAAAAAGAAAGUUUCCCGAGACUCAGUGAUCGACGUGGAUAUCUAUCAAGAAGACGAAGAGCCUGAACAGAGUUACGAGAAAUGUUCCGAACCGCGAUACGAGUUCGCCGACGAUCAAAAGAAAUUGAUGAGUUUUGACGAUUACAGCAAACCUGGCGAAUAUGCCGAACCGCAAGACGGACACAUGGAAGCAUCGAUGUCUGACUAUCCAAUAAAUUACGAGAGCCAGUUUCACAAAGCUUUCAUAGGCGGAAUGACGGAGAUACGCACCACUCAUAUUACCACGCUCUCGGGAAAAUCGACGCCAGACAUAACUCGUGACGGUACACCGGACUCUGUUUCCGAACCAGAUAAAUCAUCUGUCGUGAUGAGUAAGUCGUCCGAUUUCCACGAUUCACCGGAUAAAGAAUCAAUCUCGACAAGUACUACUACUGGUACUACUACGGUCCACGUAACGCAGAGUACAUCUAUUAUGGAAGCGACAGAAAUAAAGCCUACGAAACAACAGACAGUUACAAUGUUAAAAGAAAGUAAAAUCGGAGAACCGGGUGAUAAAACCGGAUUUACUGUAAAAGUAGGAAGUGAUUUGGAGGAGGAGUACGAUAGUCUGCCGACGGAAGUUUCGACCGACGACGGUAAAUCGGUUAUAGUAGUGAAGAGAAUCGUGAAACGAGAAGUUUCGGAUCAAGAGGAACCGGAAACUAUUCGAAAGAUAAUAAAGCGAGAGAUUGUCGAAGUAGGAGAAGAAGAGGAAGAAAAACCGCUAGUCAUUACGAAAGUCAUCAAACGGGAAAUUAUCGUGCCUGAAGGGGGAGAACCCUGCGAGGCGAAGGAUUUCGAAAGGGUAAAGGAGAUGAUUGUGAGGGAGGAAAAUGUUCCGCAGAUCAUCGAAACGGUGACAACGAAAACGAAGGAAAUCGUGAUGACGGAAGAAGAUUUAGGAGGAGAGGAUAAAACGGAUGUGUCGAGCGUUGAGAAAGUUAUUACGGAAGAUGAUGGGUCAUCGGUCACCUCGACGACUUCUACGAGUACGGACGUGAAAAAGGUGGUAAUAAGCAAGAUAAUUAGCAAGUCGGACGAAGCGGUAAAGUCGAAGAAAGAGGUUAAAGAAUCAUCAUCAUCACCACCGUUAUCCUCUUGCCGCGAACAAGAAACGACGAUUAAAAGCAGCAUCAUCAAGUCAAAGGAUGAUUUGACCAGAAAACAAGAUAUAGAGGAGAAGAGAGAAGAAGAGAUGAAACAAGCGCAAAAAGAUAGACGUCCAGUGUCUCCUCUUGUACGUGACAUUGUUUCCGGAAGAUCUACGCCUGACAGAAAAUCCGACGGUGGUAGAUCGUUGACAGGAACGCCGGAAGGUUUUCGAUCGGGCGAGGUGAUCAGAACGAUCAUCACUACAACGAAGACAGUGUCGGACGACGGAGAGAUCAUAACGACCACCAGAGAAGUGACGGAAACGACAAACGAGAAGGGCGAGACGGUGAUUUUGGCGGAGAAAGUCGACGUGAAAGUGGAUGAGUAUCUGCCUAGCAAAGAUAUGGCAGAAACUGCAAUCGGUAGCGUGAUCUCAUCACCGUCUUCUACCGCUCGUCAGCUAAAAGAAGCAACGUUGACAGGAUUUCCCGCGGCCGCGAUGAGUAGCAGUUUUUACGGUGAAUUGCCCGUUGUUCCACCUGAAAUCGCUGCCACGAAGAAAUUGCACGAAGACAUCGAGAUACAACUGGAGCAACAACAGCAGCAGCAACAAGGUGACGACUACUCGUUUAAACGGUUCACCGUGGAGAAAGAGUACGCUGGCGAUUACAAGGAGAAACCCGAUGCGAAAAAGUACAUCGACGAAGCUGAUCUUGACUUUGAGAAAGCACUGAUGAUGGAACGAAAGAAAACGAAAGAACCUGAAUCGAGCGGGAUUGGAGAUAUAUCAACGAAAUACACGAACGGUAGCGUGCGUCAGAAAACAUCCGAGGAGGAGAAAGCGAAUGAACCUGCCGGGGAAGAUUCGAGGAGCGAUUCAAAGAAGGAUCCUCUAACCGGAUGGGGAACUCCUUUGGGCCUUCCAUCCCCUGUACCGCCACAAAAGUUUAACCUGAAACAUGCGACGCAACCAAGUAAUUCCACCGAGCGGUCUUCUAUUAGUAUGAUGAUGAUGACCCCCUCCACCUCGAACGAUAACGACGUGGCUCUCAAGUUCGACGCCAUCAACGACUGGGGUGUACCGCUCAGAUUACCUUCACCUGCUCCUGUGACCAAUGAAAUUUCCAACAAGGGUGCUCCGGGAACACCUAAGAAGGAAAAGAAGCAAGCAAGAAAGGUUUUAUCUGAGAAUCUCAAAAACAAAAAGCGUUCAGAGAGCCCGGGAAAGAACGAGAAGAAGAUAAAAGAUUCGAAGAAUAAAGUACAACCGGUCUACGUUGAUUUAACCUAUGUGCCCCAUCACGGAAACUCGUAUUACACGUCUUUGGACUUUUUCAAGAGAGUUCGCGCGAGAUACUAUGUGUUCAGCGGUACAGAGCCAAGUCGUGAAGUCUACGACGCGUUGUUAGAGGCGAAACGUACUUGGGAAGACAAAGAUCUGGAGGUGACCAUGAUACCAACUUACGAUACGGAUACAUUGGGCUACUGGGUGGCCGACAACGAAGAGGCACUUGCUGCGAAUCAUAUUGAUCUUUCACCUUCAGCGUCCCGAUGUACGAUUAACCUUCAGGACCACGAAACUAGCUGCAGUGCCUACAGACUCGAAUUCUAGGGAUUGGCAGCCUGCUCAGCCGUAAUAGUUGAGUUCUGAGCGGUGUUCAGAAAGUCAGCAGCAGCAGCAGUAGCAGCAUUAGCAACAACAUCCACAACAACAAUGAUGACGACGAAGACGACGACAAC